AUGAUUCGGUCGCUUUAUUCGUUGCUGUUCCUAGCUGCCCCCCUCGUUGUCGCAUUGGGUGGGUCCAGUACUACCACGGCCAGUCCGGCACCAUAUGGAUUGACACGUAGAGAAGAACAUCAAGUGGUUGACCUCUACGACGCUUGUCCAGUUCGAAACAUAUUGAAUUCUUUGGGCGCUGAAAAGCUUAUUUCAUUUGACAUGGAGGUUACCGAUGUUUCGUACCUAGGCGGUAACACUUAUAACGUGACAAUUCACGUUUCUGGUAAAAUCAAUAUUGCUUCCUAUCUUUUCAGGGGCUUGCACGUCUCUGACAUCGACGGCCCAGACUCAGAAGUUACUUUGUACAGUACUACCACUCCAAACCUGUUAAACCUCCUUUGUCCUUCGGACUACACUGCCAAUUUCCUAGUUUACGGUGUGGAACAAGGUGAUACUGUCUGGUUACCAAGUUUCCGCUUGGUCUACGAAUAUAGCAACGGUUUACCCGGUGUAUUAGAAACUGUCAAUCAGCUUGAGUUAAUCACUGGUUGUUUAGAAGUGGAUAGUUCUCUUUCUGGUUAUUACUGGCCAACUCCAGAUGACGAUAGCUCUAGCGCUCCUCCAUCCGGCUCUGGCCUCCCACAAAGUGCUCCUUCAACUAAUUCAUGCUUCCAAUCAAGUACCUCUGCUCCAACUUCAAGUCAAAGUGACACUCUCCAAAAUAAAGAUCCAGUAGGGUAUUCCACAGCACCGAUAAGCAGUGCUUCUAGUAGUUCAUCUGCUGCACAAACAAGCGCUGCUUCCAGUGGUCCAUCUGCUGCACCAGUAACCGAUGCUUCCAGUACUUCUUCUUCUGCACCAACGAGCGGUGCUACCAGUGGUUCAUCCGCUCCAAGCAAUGACGCUAACUCUAGCACUUCUGGUUCAUCCGCUGCACAAGCAAACACUGUUUCCAGUAGUUCAUCUGCUGCACCAGCAACCGAUGCUUCCAGUAGCUCUUCUUCUGCACCAACGAGCGGUACUACCAGUGGUUCAUCCGCUCCAAGCAAUGGCGCUAACUCUAGCACUUCUGGUUCAUCCGCUGCACAAGCAAACACUGUUUCCAGUAGUUCAUCUGCUGCACCAGCAACCGAUGCUUCCAGUAGCUCUUCUUCUGCACCAGCAACCGAUGCUUCCAGUACUUCUGGUUCAUCUGCUGCACCAACAAACGCUGCUUCCAGUAGUUCAUCUGCUGCACCAGUAACCGAUGCUUCCAGUACUUCUUCUUCUGCACCAACGAGCGGUGCUACCAGUGGUUCAUCUGCUCCAAGCAAUGACGCUAACUCUAGCACUUCUGGUUCAUCCGCUGCACAAGCAAACACUGUUUCCAGUAGUUCAUCUGCUGCACCAGCAACCGAUGCUUCCAGUAGCUCUUCUUCUGCACCAGCAACCGAUGCUUCCAGUAGCUCUUCUUCUGCACCAACGAGCGGUUCUACCAGUGGUUCAUCUGCUCCAAGCAACGACGCUAACUCUAGCACUUCUGGUUCAUCGGCUGCUCAAACAAACACUGCUUCCAGUAGCUCUUCUUCUGCACCAACGAGCGGUUCUACCAGUGGUUCAUCUGCUCCAAGCAACGAUGCCAACUCUAGCACUUCUGGUUCAUCUGCUACACAAACCAACGGAGCUUCCACUGGCCCAUCCUCUGGAUCAGGCAGUGGUGUGAACUCUACCACCCUUCGUUCAAACGGUAAUGGUUCUAACGGCAAUGGUUCCAACGGUGCAUCAUCUGUUCCAAGUACUUCCACUGGCGCUGCCGCUGAAACAACUAGCGGUGCCUCUACUGGUCCAUCUUCUGGAGCAGGCAGUGGUGUGAACUCUACUACCUCUGGUUCAAACGGUAACGUUUCCAACGGCAAUGGUUCCAACGGUGCAUCUUCUGUUCCAAGUACUUCCACCGGUUUCCCAGCUGGUUCAACUGGCGGUGCUAACUCUACCGCCUCUGGUUCAAACGGCAAUGGUUCAAACGGUAAUGGCUCUAACGGUGCAUCCUCUGUUCCAAGUACUUCCACUGGCGCUGCCGCUGGAACAACUAGCGGUGCUAACUCUACCGCCUCUGGUUCUAACGGUAAUGGUUCCAACGGUAAUGGCUCUAACGGUGCAUCUUCUGUUCCAAACACUUCCACUGGUGCUGCUAACUCUGCCACCUCUGGUUCAAACGGCAAUGGUUCCAACGGUAAUGGCUCUAACGGUGCAUCCUCUGUUCCAAACACCUCCACUGGUUUCCCCGCUGGUUCAACUGGCGGUGCUAACUCUACCACCUCUGGGUCAAACGGCAAUGGCUCCAACGGUAAUGGCUCUAACGGUGCAUCCUCUGUUCCAAGUACUUCCACUGGCGCUGCUGCUGGAACAACUAGCAGUUCCUCCACAGGUCCAUCCUCUGGAUCAGGCAGUGGUGCUAACUCUACCACCUCUGGUUCAAACGGCAACGGUUCAAACGGUAAUGGCUCUAACGGUGCAUCCUCUGUUCCAAGUACUUCCACCGGUUUCCCAGCUGGUUCAACUAGCGGUGCUAACUCUACCGCCUCUGGUUCAAACGGCAACGGUUCUAACGGUAAUGGCUCUAACGGUGCAUCCUCUGUUCCAAACACUUCCACUGGUGCUGCUAACUCUGCCACCUCUGGUUCAAACGGCAAUGGUUCCAACGGUAAUGGCUCUAACGGUGCAUCCUCUGUUCCAAACACCUCCACUGGUUUCCCCGCUGGUUCAACUGGCGGUGCUAACUCUACCACCUCUGGGUCAAACGGCAAUGGCUCCAACGGUAAUGGCUCUAACGGUGCAUCUUCUGUUCCAAACGGCAACGUUUCCAACGGCAAUGGUUCCAAUGGUGCAUCAUCUGUUCCAAACACUUCAACUGGUUCCUCUUCCGGAUCGAGCACCGUUGCUUCCGACAGCGCUUCCAACAGUGUGCCACCGAACACUUCCUCGAUCAGUUCGUCCAAUAGUGCUUCCAACUCUGCUUUAUUGAACAGUAACUCUUCCUCUCCAACUUCAAGCAGUGGCGUCGCAGGUAACACAGUCCCAAUUACCACUAUCUCUGGUACUACUAUCCCAGGUACUACUAUCCCAGGUAGCACUGUCCCAGGUACUACUAUCCCAGGUAGCACUGUCCCAGGUACUACUAUCCCAGGUAGCACUAUUCCAGGGACUACCAUCGCAGGUAGCUCCGUCCCAGGUAAGAAUGUCUCAGGUAACAUUGUCCCAGGUAGCACCAUCCCUGCUAGUACCCUUCCAGGAAGCAUUGUCCCAGGCACUACAAUCCCAGGUAGUACCGUUUCAGGCACUACAGUCCCAAGUAGCGUCAUUCCAGGUAGCACUGUCCCAGGUACUACUAUCCCAGCUAAAACUGUUGUAGGUGGUGGAGAUUCUCCAUCUACUUUCACCGCUUCCAAUACAGCUGCAGGUGCAAGUGGCGUUACAGGUACUUCUGUCGCCGGUAACAACAACGGUGUGAACGGUGAACAAACUCCACAAGUUCAAACCAUCACUAGAACUGUCCAACCAACCGGUGGUCAAACAACCCCACAAGUCCAAACGAUUAUGACAACCAUUCAACCAACCGGUGGCAACAACGCUGGCAACGGUAACAACGGCGCUAACAACAACGGUGCUAACAACGCAGGCAAUGGUGAUAACUCUGGAAGCGGUAACAACGGUAACAACAACAACGGCGCUAACAACGCGGGCAAUGGUAACAAUGGUAACAACAACGGUGGUAACAACUCUGGCAACGGCAACAACUCUGGCAACGGUAACAACAACGACGCUAACGGUGAACAAACUCCACAAGUUCAAACCACCACUAGAACUUUCCAACCAACCGGUGGUCAAACAACCCCACAAGUCCAAACGAUUAUGACAACCAUUCAACCAACCGGUGGCAACAACGCUGGCAACGGUAACAACGGUGCCAACAACAACGGUAGCAACGGUGCCAACAACAACGGCGCUAACAACGCGGGCAAUGGUAACAAUGGUAACAACAACGGUGGUAACAAUUCUCGCAACGGCAACAACUCUGGCAACGGUAACAACAACGACGCUAACGGUGAACAAACUCCACAAGUUCAAACCAUCACCAGAACCGUUCUGCCAACUGGUGGCGAAACAACCCCACAAGUUCAAACCAUUAUCACCACCAUUCAACCAACCGGUGGCAACAACGCUGGAAACGGUAACAACGACGCUAACAACAACGGCAAUGGUGACAACGGUGCUAACGGUGCUAAUAAUAACGGUGCGAGCGGUGAACAAACUCCACAAGUUCAAACCAUCACCAGAACCGUUCAGCCAACUAGUGGUCAAACAAGCCCACAAGUCCAAACCAUCAUGACAACCAUUCAACCAACCGGUCGCAACAACGCUGGCAACGGUAACAACAACGGCGGUAACAACAACGGCAAUGGUAACAACAACGGCAAUGGUAACAACAACGGCAAUGGUAACACUGUCCCAGUGUCCGUCUCCGUUUCCGUCCAAAUCGUAACUCAAACUCAAACUGUUACUGAAACAGCUGCUCCUUCCGACAACUGUGUCUGUCCAACUGGUGCAGCUGCAGCCGCCAUUCCUUCAGCCUCUAACUCAGGUUACUCUAACAACACUGUACCUGUAAAGAGGGAAGCACCAAUCGUUAAGCCUGUUGGUAAAGACAUCACUGCCCUACCAACGGUUGCUCCUCAAACCGUCUCUCAGGGAUCAGCUGGAAGAUUGGUGAACCCAGUCAACGGACUCUUGUUGAGUCUAUUGACUUCAUUACCUUUCUUCUAA